AUGGCGCACCUCCUGGGCCACCCCGGCUGCAUGGAGAGCCUGCAGGCCGACCUGAGGGACCUGCAGGCCGCCAUCACCGACGUCUCCUCACGGGCUGGAGCCGUGCGUUUUCCCUCCUGGAAGUUCCCUGAUAAAGUGUCCUGUGAGCUGGACCUGGCAGUGCUGCUGGAGCAGUACCGACACACCGAGAACGACCCCGAAUUCACCCAGCACUCCCACGUGGUGCUGCUGGAGCUGAUGACCGACAGGCUGCUGCUGCUGCUGCAGAGCUUCACAGGCUAUGCAGAAAACCUGCUGAGCCAGCAAGCUGUGCCCCCACCGCGGGCUGUGGGACCCUGGAUGUCUGUGGGGCUGACGGCCAGGAGGGCCUGGGCCAGCCUGCUGAGACUGGGGGCCCUCUACCAUCAGCUCCUGAACCAGAAGAAGACUUGUGGGAUGGAGAUCCCUCUGCUGCCAUCUGAUCCCCAGGCUGGGAAACCUGAGAAGCUCCAGAAAUGCUGCUUGCCCAAUCCAUCGAACUCCAGUGUCCCCUCCCUGCCCGGGGCUGCCUGCAACAUGGCCAAGAACAGCUCCAGUGUUGCCACACAGACAGCUGGGUGGUCUCAGGGACCCUGUGACAGCUGCAGCAGUGCCCAGGCCAGCCUACGUGAGGUGGGCAGAGCCAUCACCAGCAUCUGCCAGAGCCAGAACAUCCCCUCGGCUCUCAGCAAGUUCCAGGAGUCGGUGAAGGAAAGCAUGGGGAGAAGGACCCUCUCUGCCACGGACAUGAGCUACUGGGCCUCAGAGCAGAGCAAAGACCUCUCCCGGAUCAGUAAAUACCUCCAGAUGCUGCUGCAGCAGGUCAACCCUCUGAAGGCUCAGCUGGAAGAGUCGGAGGAGCAGAAGGAGGAGCUGCGGAAACAGGUUGAGGACUUUUCCCAGUUGCUUCAGGUGGAGAAGGAGACCCAAGCACAGCAGAAGGAGGAGGCUGAGCAGCGCCUGGAAGCCAAGAACAAGGAGUGUUUAGAGGCCAUAGCCAGGCUGGAGAGGGACAAGGACGACCUGCGGAGAGGAGCUGCUCUGCUGGAAGAACGACUCUCUGCCUUAACAGAGGAGCUGGCUGCAAAGCGAGGAGCUGUGCAGGAGCUGGAGGCGACCAAGAUGACCUUGCUGGAGGAGAUGAGGACCAGGAUGGUGGCAAAGAACCAGAUGCUGGAGCUGGAGGAGAAGGUGCAGCUGCUCACCGGCCAGCAGAAGAGCAUGGGUGAGGAGCUGAGUGCCACCACCACCCAGCUGGACAAGGAGAAGGCCAAGAUGAAGAGCGUGCUGAGGCAUCAGGAGUCCCUGCAGGCCAAGCAGAGGGCCCUGCUGCAGCAGCUCAAUAGCCUGGACCAGGAGCGUGAGGAGCUGCAGGACAGGCUGGAAGAGGCUGAGGAAGACAAGGCCAAGCUGGAGCAGCAGCUGGAGGAAAGCCGGGAGCGCAGCAGGCAGCAGCUCCGGGAGCAGCAGGAGCUACUGGACAUGCUGCAGAAGGAGAAGCUGAGCCUGGAGCGAUCUGCCUCGGAGCUGCAGGACAAUGUCUCCAAGCUGGAGAAGCAGGCACAGGAGCUGAAGGAGAGGGAGAAGCUCCUGGUGUUCUUCCCUGAGCUCCACAUCCCCAUCGAGGCACAGUUUGAGAGCACUGGGAACUGGACUGAGGACAUGGAGAAGCAGAUCCAAGCCAACAGCAUCCGGAUGGGUGUGCUGGAGCAGGAGAACCUGCGGCUCUGGGCCGCUCUGGCCAAGGUGAAGGCAGCUGCUGAGCAGGGCGUGCUGGAGCUCAUCCCACAGACCCAGCUGUGGUCUGAGCUCAACACCCAGAGCAGUGGGGAUACUGGUGGGCUGGCCACAGGGUGA